CAAUAGUAAUGUUGUGUGUGUGUGUGUGUGUGUGUGUCGAAUAUCAAUAUUCUUCUUUUUCAUUCCAACAAGAAUUACCUAAAAUAAUUUUUUUUUGUUUACAUUUUUGUUUUCUGGAGAUAAAAAAGUAACAAUGUUACUUUGAAAAAUCAUUUUUUAAAUAUGUUUUUCAAAAUAAUCGUUGUUGUUGUUGUGUUCAUCAUCAAUGUUUUUUGUUCAAUGGUGGUAUCGGCUUUUCCCGGUCAUUCUAAAUGGUCAUUUACAGUGAAUAAUGAAGGAAAUUGCCAUUUUUUCAAUGCACAUAGUGCACUAUUUGCCAAUUCUACCAUACAUAUGCAAAUUUCUUGUGAUAUGCCAAUUUCAUCAAGGGAUCAAAAUAAAAUCAAUGUUGGUCUAGUUGUACGAUCAUCACCUUGUUUUGAAGAAUAUUUUGGUUCCGAAUAUUGGGUGAUGGCCGAUUAUUUUAGCUGGUAUUAUCAUUGUCCACAAUCAUUAUUUGGUGAUUAUGGUUAUAAAAAUGUUACCUAUUUCAAAACGGAUGAGCUUAAAUUUGAUUGUAAUCAUUUGGUUGAUUUAAAAUCAUUAAUCGAUAAUGGAAAAUUCCUAACUGAAUCGGUUGAUUCAACAAAUAGUCGUUCAUGUCAAUCGGAUGAUAAAUUAUGUGAUAGUUCUUCAACAAUUCGACAUAUUUCCGAAUCGGCCAACACACAUCAAAUUAAAAAUGGCCAUUCAAUUACCGUUCCAUAUGAUGGAAAUUAUUUAUUAAUACUUUUUAUACGUUUUGACAAUUCUGAUGACGACGAUGAUCAACAAUAUCGCUCCAAUCUGACCGUUGAUAUAAAUUUUGAAUCAAAUUCUGGUCAAUAUCUAUCGGCCGUGGAUUAUCCACUGCUAAAGUUUUAUGGUUUCAUGUCAUGUUUAUAUUUUAUAUUUGCUCUAACAUGGUUUAUUGUUUCAUUAAUUCGUUGGCAAGAAUUGCUAAAAAUUCAAUUCUUCAUUGCUGCAAUAAUAUUUUUAGGAAUGGUUGAAAAAGCUAUAUUUUUUGGUGUUUAUCAAUCAGUAAAUCGGACUGGAAUUUUAAAUCAUAAUAUUUUCUAUUUGGCUGAAUUAUUUUCCUGUAUAAAACGUACAUUGGCACGUGUACUUCUCAUUAUUGUUUCAAGCGGUUUUGAAAUCAUUCGACCACAUCUUGGUUCAAAUCGUAAUAAAAUUAUUACAAUCGGUUUAUUUUAUUUUAUUUUAGGAACAUUUGAUUCAACUAUAAGAAUUUUCAAGCCUAAAAAUGAUUUAACAAAUGGAAAUCUAUUUUCCGAAAUACCAUUAUCAUUAUUAGAUAGUAUUAUAAGCUGGUGGAUAUUCAGUAAUCUUGUACAGACAACAAAAAUACUUCGUCUACGACGUAAUUGUAUUAAACUUGAUCUAUUUAAUUAUCUUACAAAUGUACUAGUCUUUUCUGUUCUGGCAUCGGUUGCCUUUAUGAUUUGGCAAAUUCAUAAUCAUAAACUUACAUCAUGUUUAUCAACAUGGAAAUAUUUAUGGAUCGAUGAAGCUUAUUGGCAUAUACUGUUCUCGAUAAUUUUGGUUGCGAUCAUGAUUUUAUGGAGACCUUCGAAUAAUAAUCAACGCUAUGCAUUUACUUCACUUUUAAUGGAUGAAAGUCAAGAAGAAUUGAUUAAUAAAAAUCAAUCAAAUAUUAUGAUUGAAAAUUCAACAAAUGGAGAAAUGAAAAUGAGAUUUCAUAAAUCAAGUAAUAAUCAUCAUAAUGAUGAAACCGAAGAUAUUAUUAGCCAAGAAACGGCUGAUCAUUUAAAAUGGAUUGAAAAUAAUAUUCAAACAACAACAUUGAUUGAUGCGUCUAUGCCGUCUCUUAUGGAUUCGGAUGAAGAACUAAUCAACACCAAGUUUGAAAUGAGUAAAAUUCAAUGAAACAAAAAGAUUGAUUGCCUGAUCAAUCAUGACUGCUGAUCAUCAAUGGUGGUGUCAUAUUUUUUUGGAUAUUUUUGAAAAUUUUUUUUUUGUUUUCUAAUCAUCUUUAUCAUCAUCAUAAUCAUCAUCGUAAAUAAAUAUCGUUACUUUUUUGUGUUGA